AUGUCUUCUGCAAACAAGAUUUUCGGAGUUCAUGCCACUAAUAACCCCAUUAAUCCCACUUUACUCAAUAACUGUUCGUGUUCUCCUCCAAUUAAUGACCCAAAAGCUUAUGAAGUCCUGAGUCAAGCUGAAAUUCAUGAACGUCAAGAACUUGCCAUCGCGAGUAUCUGUGAUAUACUUUCAGUUCCAAGGGCUGAAGCUGCUAUCCUGCUGCUUCAUUUUAGCUGGAAUGUUAGCGCAAUACCUGAUGCAUGGUUUUCAAAAGGGGAGAAGCUCCGUGAUGACCUUGGUCUUAUAGACGUUUCCUUUGAUGCAGCUGGAUCAUCUAAUACAAAGGAUGUUGUCAUUGUUGAAAACCUCCUAAGGAGCUUGAGUUUUGUUGGACAGAUUACUUGUGGGAUUUGCUUGGGAAAAUUUCCUCCGGAGCUGGUUGCUGGUCCUGCUUGUGGGCAUUUAUUCUGCAAUACUUGCUGGGCAGGUUAUAUUGAGACGUUACUCAAAGAAACUGUGCCACCCCUACUGUUACGAUGUCCUGAUACUUCUUGCAGAGCUGCCGUUGGUCAAGAUAUGAUUAACAUGCUGGCUUCUGAUGAUGACAAGGAGAAAUAUGCGCAUUUAUUUUUGAAAUCUUAUAUCCAGUAUAACUUAAAGGCUAACUGGUGUCCCGGUCCUGGAUGUAAGAAUGCUUUGAUUCUUCUUACUGGUAAUAACCACCCCAAGGUGACUUGUAAGUGCACCCAUACCUUCUGCUGGAAGUGUGCCAAGGAAGCUCACCAGCCAAUUGCCUGUUCAACUUUUUGUAACUGGACUAUGGAAUGCGUCGUGCAGAGUGAAAACUGUAAGUCAAACACAAACAUGAAAGGGUGCCCAAGCUCCUUUGAAAUGUCUGGAACUCAUAAGCGUAUGCAAUGUCCAUCGUGUGAAUAUCACUUUUGCAAGCUGUGCCGUGCAUCUUGGCUAGAUAAUGGUUCAUGGAAUGGUGACGAGUUCAAACACACAUGCUCUAAGGGGAAACAGAAAGUAGAGAAUGAUGAUAGAGAAGAGAAAGGACGGAUAGCCCAGGAGAGCCUUAACAAGUAUACUAAUAGCUACAAUCACUGGAUGGCAAAUGAAAUGCACUUACAAGCGGCUAGGCAAGAACUUUAUAAGCUAAAAAAUGGCCAGGUGAGACUUUCCAAAUUUUGUAUGUUGUACUUUCAUUAG